CUUUUCAAGGAUGAUCCAUACAGGUGAAGCUUUGAAGGAUGAUCCAUUUGUUUUGUCCACUAAUGCAAAGCAAGUGUUUUAUGUGCAAGAUGGCAAAGAGAGUGAAUGGAUGCACAUUGUAGAGACAAAGCCUAGGGAUUUAUAUGAUAUGGGUUCAAAUUUGGAGGAGGGAUUUAUAUGAUAUGGGUGCUUGUAACAAUUUUAUGUCCUCUUACUAUUGAUUCACAUCAUUCUCCACCUAUUGAUUAAAUUCUAUAAAAAGAAACUGUGGGAGUGGCUGUUGUCUGAUACUUUUCUGCCUUACACAUUUCCUUUUCAAAUAAAAAUGUUGUUGAUUAUUCCUUGAGUUGGAUCCAUCUUACUGUCUCUUCUUGGAACCCAGUAACAUGCCUGUUUUACAUACUAAAUUACAACAUGAACAUGGAUCUCCUUUUUGUAUUUGACUUGUCUUUCUGGAAAAUCUUGUCUAAUCAUGUAUACAGGUCACAUAGAAGAUUACUAGAGCUGCACGCUCCUAAGUUGUUUGGUGGAUUGCUAUUCCGAUUGAGGCGUUUGAGCUGCACACGAGAUACUUGUGAAAUUAGCUAGCAUUUGUGUUGUAAGUUUGGACCCGAAGAGUUUGAAGUUUGGAAUCAAAACGACAUAAACUGUAGGGGACUUGUCUAUCUAAAUGUUUUGAUCAUGUUUCGAUCCAAAGUGACAAUAUCCCAGUACAAAAAAGGCCCUCCAACAACAAAUUGUAGUUCUCUACCGCCACCAUCUUCCACAUUCUCACAACCUCUUACUAUUGAUUCACAUCAUUCUCCAGAUUCUAUUUUCAACCACUUGCGUCCACCUUCAUUAAAUAGUAAUUACACACAGCUAAGCCCCCUUCGGCAUUCACCAUCCCACCUUCAUUCUUCCUCCGAGACAGAUGAUAGUGAAUCUAACAACAAUGAUGAUAAUUCACAUGUUCAAGUUUCUGAGAGUAAUGUACUUGAAAAUAUUGAGAUUGUAGAUGACAAAGGCCAUGUGAAACUGACAAAAAUGGGAAUGAAAGCUAGUGAUGUUUUCAAGUUGGCUAAAGGUUUGAGAAUUUUGGUAAAUGUUAAUGAACAUGGCCAACCAAUCCGGGCAGCUAGAAGAGUUCCAACAAGAUACAUGAUGAAACUUGUGAAACAACCAAAUCUUUGUCCGCCAGAUUUAAAUGAUUUUAAUGAUGUUAAACAUGCCUUUGGAGUUGAGCUGCUGAGAGCUGUGCGGGAGAAAUUCUAUAUCCCUAGACAUGAAAAUGUGGACAAUGUAUUAAUUGCUCUAAUGGGCAUAAAGUUCAGGAACAACAAGUAUCGGAUAAGAAAGGAGAUAUAUAAAAAGACACAUGCUAGAUUGAGGGAAAAGCUGAAAGCAGUUUUGGAAGCUAGUGGUGUUCAUGGUGAAGAAUUGGAACAUCGAGUGACAUUUCAUGAAUUUCGUGAAGACCAAAUUUUGGCAGAGCUAGAUAGGAUUGAGCCUCCACCUGGAUUUGCUUAUCAUCAAUGGCUUAAAUUCAAGAGUAAUAUGAAAUCUGAAAAGGCAAAGAAACUGUCUGAGAAAGGGAAAAAAGCUCGUGCGACCCAAAGUCAUACUCAUAUAACUGGAACCAAGAGUUAUGCUCAAGUUGAAGAUGAGCAUGUCAUUAAAUAUAAAGAACAUCCAGGGCCACUUACAUUUUUUUACUUGACACAUAAAAGGAGAGAUGGUUCUUAUGUGCAGAGUGAUUCAAAAGAAUUCAUGAUGGCUGCCAAAUCAGAGAUUGUUAAACGUAAAACUGAAGGAACUUGUGAAAAUACUGUUGAAUUAGAAAGUUCAGUUUGGUAUGAUUUGAUGGGUGAUGAUAAACCUGGUCGAGCUCGUGGUUAUGGUAUUGGUGUCACGAAAUCAAGUGUGACCGCCUUCCGAGCCAAACUUAGACAAAUGCAAAGUGAAUCAGAAAAAUCCAAUGCUCAUGACAUUGAAAUGGCCCAGCUCAAGCUAUUACUUAGCAAGCAACAACAACAACUUGUUGCACAAGAAAAUGCAAUGAAUGCAUACAUGGCAAAGACAAAUGAAAUUAUAGGCAAUUUGAGAGAUGAAGUUCUACUUUAUCGUACAGCAUUUGGAGCUGGUACAGGGGACGUACCCAACCAUCUGAAAACGAGCUCAGGUUGCACCCAAGCAUUGGAGGCUGGAGAUCAAUUUCAGCCAGGAUGCAGUGUUGAUGCUUUCAUCAAUAAGCUUACCUAAUGGCAUCCAGGCUGAAGUUCGUGGCUUCCAACAUGACGGCUCCUUGCACCUAUAACAAUUUCAGUGAAAGGGCAUAAAUUGCUUGAUAUAUUGAACCUUCAUAAGGGGUCACCAAAUAAAGGUCAAGAAUAGUAUGCUAAAAAGAGUGGCUGCUGAGGAUGAUCUUUCCCAAAUGAAAGCAUUUUCUUAAUCAUGUUUGACACAUGUAAUUGCAUAUAUUUCACCAUGCCCCAUAUAUAUUGGUGGUUGACCUUGUUAUUUGAGUUAAUUGCAUAAAUAUUCAAGAGCUUAUUUGGCAUGGAUAAUAGCAACAUCUAUUUCUUCUA